AAUUUGUUGAAAAUCUUUAUUUGGAUUUGAUUUCACAAAACCCUAGUCCGCCAUUGCAGAUCUUUGCUCUUGGGCCCCCUCCCUAGGACACCAAUAACAGUGCAUUCAUAGCCCUAGGGCCUGCAAAUUCUCACUUUACUGAUCUUUUUGUUCAGAAGUAAAAUGAUAUUGUUGUUCUAAAAGUAGCAAGUUCAACAACGUGAUCUCUCUUCCUCCCCGGAAUCCAAUGGCGAUCAAGAGGGGGGUAUCAAGUUUGGGCGUCCAUAGAAACAGAGGCGGUGGUGGAUCUCGUUUUCCAAUUGGCACUCUUGUGUUAAUUUUAGUUCUUGCUCCCACGAUGUUCUUCAUUGGGCGUGGGAUUUAUUCGACUGAUUCAWUCGAUCAAAAUGAUWCUUUGAGUAGUGUUAGUGAACAGGAUGUAGAUUGGAGAACAAGGCUUGCUUUGCAACACGUCAAGUUUCUUUUCUCAAAGGAGGUUAUUGAUGUCAUUAAGACGAACACUGACGACCUGGGGCCUUUGAGUCUUGAUUCUUUUCGGAAAAGCAACUAUUCGGCUUCUUGGAAGUUUUCCGGGCGAGAAAAUGCGAUUGAUAUUGAUUCAGGUUCUGCUGAGAUUGCUGCAAAUAASAAUCAAGAGACCCCAAAAGGCAAACAGGACAAUUCUUUGGACGCUGAUCAUUCUCAAUAUGUUGAUACACCCACAAAUCUAGCAAGAAGGCAUCUGAGAGAAAAAAGACGUGAAAAGCGGGCAGCUGAUCUAAUGAAACAAGAAGACAAUGUAAAUUUGAUGCUUGAAAAUGCAGCCAUUGAACGGUCCAAAUCGGUUGAUUCUGCUGUUCUGGGGAAGUACAGUAUAUGGAGGAAAGAGACUGAUAAUGAGAACGUAGACUCUACCGUUCGAUUGAUGAGAGAUCAAAUCAUCAUGGCUAGGGUAUAUUUGAGCAUAGCAACGAUGAAGAACAAGACAAACAUGGCUCAUGAAUUACAGAACCGAAUUAAAGAAAGUCAACGCGCUUUAGGAGAUGCAACAACAGAUACUGAUCUCAAUCGCAGUGCCGCGGAGAAAAUCAAAGCCAUGGGCCAGUUGCUGUCAAAGGCUAGAGAUCAACUUUACGACUGCAAGUUGGUUACAGGGAAGCUGAGAGCUAUGCUUCAAUCAGCAGAUGAGCAAGUUCGUAGCUUGAAAAAGCAGAGCACGUUUCUAAGCCAGUUAGCGGCAAAAACGAUUCCAAAUGGAAUUCAUUGCUUAUCAAUGCGCCUAACAAUAGAAUAUUACCUUCUUCCACUAGAGAAGAGAAAGUUCCCUAGGAGUGAGAACCUUGAGAAUCCAAGUCUAUAUCACUAUGCUCUCUUCUCCGAUAACGUAUUGGCUGCAUCGGUUGUCGUCAACUCUACGAUCAUGAAUGCUAAGGAACCAGAGAAACAUGUUUUCCAUCUUGUUUCUGAUAAAUUAAACUUUGGAGCGAUGAAUAUGUGGUUUCUACUGAACCCUCCUGGUAAAGCCACGAUCCAUGUAGAAAACGUUGACGAAUUUAAGUGGCUGAAUUCAUCCUACUGCCCAGUUCUUCGACAACUAGAGUCUGCGGCAAUGAAGGAGUUUUACUUCAAAGCCGAUCAUCACACAACCCUCUCGGCUGGAUCUUCCAAUCUGAAAUAUAGGAAUCCAAAGUAUCUUUCUAUGCUAAAUCACCUUAGGUUUUAUCUUCCACAGGUUUAUCCCAAAUUAAACAAAAUCCUGUUUCUUGAYGACGACAUUGUUGUCCAGAAAGAUUUGACGGGGUUAUGGAAAGUUGAUCUUCGUGGGAAAGUUAAUGGUGCUGUUGAAACUUGUGGCGAAAGCUUCCACCGUUUCGACAAGUAUUUAAAUUUCUCAAAUCCCCAUAUUGCACGAAACUUUGACCCAAACGCAUGUGGUUGGGCAUACGGAAUGAACGUGUUUGAUCUCAAGCAGUGGAAAAAGCGGGAUAUAACCGGCAUUUACCAUAAGUGGCAAAAUAUGAAUGAAGACAGGGUUCUAUGGAAGCUUGGGACUUUGCCUCCAGGGUUAAUGACAUUUUAUGGGCUUACACAUCCACUUGACAAAUCUUGGCAUGUUCUUGGUCUCGGCUAUAAUCCUAGCAUUGAUAAGAGCGAUAUCGAGAACGCAGCCGUCAUUCACUACAAUGGUAACAUGAAACCAUGGCUCGAGUUGGCUAUGACUAGGUACCGUUCGUAUUGGGUCAAAUACAUCAAGUUUGACCAUCCAUACAUCCGGGGUUGCAAACUAGGUGAAUGAUCGGCACUCGGGUGGUAGCGGUAGUCUGCCACUUUCCCACAUUGUUUAUUCUUGUGAGUUCAAUUCUAUUCUUUCUUAUCUAUUUCCUUUUAGUGUUAACCCCAUAUUUGUAUGUGCAAACUUCCUCCCCUAAAUUGGAUAGGAGUAGCAAAGAAUGUUAUAGUUGACUUUUGAGUAAUGAAUUCACCUU